CCGGUAUUCGACAGUCAGGUGAUCGGACGUCACAUUAGCCACUGCUGGUUAGCGGCGGAGCUGGAGAAAUAGCUGCUUCCCUUAUAACCCAUUUGCUUGGAUUAAACAUGGAAAUUGGAACCGAAAUUAGCAAGAAAAUUCGAGCUGCUAUCAAAGGCAAACUCCAAGAGCUGGGUGCAUACAUUGACGAAGAGCUCCCUGACUAUAUUAUGGUGAUGGUUGCAAACAAGAAGACUUCAGAACAGAUGACUGACGAUCUCUCUCUUUUUCUUGGAAACAACACUAUUAAGUUCACAACCUGGCUACAUGGUGUCCUGGAGAAAUUAAGAUCUGUUGCAGGAGAGCCGGCACCUCUCAAAUGUCAGCUGCAGUCUGACAGUGCCCCUGUAGCUGGGAAAAGUCGAUCCUUCGUCGGUGAAAACAGCAGAGCAGAGGAGCUGAAGGUGUUGACGGUGUCCAGCUCACGCUCUGACAGGACUGAAGCCCGUGUGUCCAGUUCUGCUCACGAAAGCAGGAGGGGGGCCUUGGAAAAGAGUUCCUCUCGACUUACCUCCACGGUUAAGCCCCUCAUGGAGCUGCUACCCUCUGAGGCCGUUAUCGACAUCAAACCAGAGAUGGACGACGAUCUCAUCGCCGAGGAUCAUCUGGAGAUUGGUAACAGUCACGGUCGCAGACCAACCGCUGAGAUCUACAGACCCGGGCAGAGCAAGUUUAGAUCGGUAAAUUCUGUGGACGUGAGUCGUUCCGUAGAGGGAUCCUCUCAUAGCAGGCAGCAAGAGAGCAGAAGCAGCAGAACCAUCACAACCGGAUCCAGCAAGCAAGACGAGUUUUCACGGAAGAGGAAGGCGCCAGUAGCGAGUUCUGUCGUGCGAGUGAACAGAGAAGCAGACGAAGACAGUGACGAUGGGGAGGAAGACGAUGUGAGCUACGCUGGCAGAGGCCUGUCCAGCAGAGUUUCCCUCCCCUCCAAACCAGAACGGAAACCUACUCUCCCACCAGCCAAGCAAGCCAACAGAAACCUGAUACUCAAGGCCAUCUCUGAGGCGCAGGACUCUAUCACCAAAACUACAGCCUACCCGACAAUACCUCAGAGGCAGACAGUUCCUGUGGCGCCUCGCACUCGCCUGGCCUCCAGUGAAGAGAUGACUGCGGCCAUCCAGCUCGUCCAGGAGCACCUCCACAGCCUGGCCCCCAGGGUGCAGGCCUAUACCUCUGCAGAUCUCCCUCCCUCCAGAGCAUCUGCUCCGACCAGAUCAUCGUUAGCUUCACGCCUGCAGUUGGAAGGGAAUCUUGAAAGAGAGCAGAGUACCUAUGGCGUGGAGGCCACUGUAGGAAACGAGGGAAAGCCAUUUGACACACGCUCCUUCAUCAUGAGUCGGCCACAACUGGAUGAAGCUUCAGCAAGAACUCAGCAGCACGUCCAGUCUGCCAUACCACGCACAGUCCAAGCCAGUAUUCUCAACUCCUGUGUGUCUGAAACUAGUAAGGAGAGGGGCGACUCCGCCAGCCCUAAGUUCAUAGUGACAUUAGAUGGCGUACCGAGCCCGAUGGGUAACGCUCUAGACGGUGACAUGGAGCUGGAUGACGUGAGACCGCUCUCGAAGAUGACUGAGGCGAUUGGCCACGUCCACAGAGAGCCCAAAGUCAGCAUCCUUCACAGGCUACAGGGAGUAGUCACAUCAGCAGAAGAUAACAUGAUGGACAUUGAUAUGGCAGACGACAGUGACGUUCCUUUGAAGAAACAGAGGGUUUUGGAGCGCUGCAAGUUCUGGCCCGUCUGUAAAAGUGGAGAUGAAUGUCUCUACCAUCACCCAACGACACAGUGCAAGACGUUUCCCAACUGCAAGUUUGGGGAGAAAUGCCUUUUUGUGCACCCUAAUUGUAAAUACGAUGCCAGGUGCACAAAGCCAGACUGUCCCUUCACUCAUGUCAGCCGCAGGAGCGCCGUCGCUCCUCCACCGAGACCAGUAGUGCCGCCAGUGCAGACCACUAGUGUUUGUCGCUUCUUCCCCGAGUGCAAGAAGAUGGACUGUCCAUUUUUCCAUCCCAAGCCUUGUCGUUUCGCGUCGCAGUGUACACGAACCGGCUGCACCUUCUACCACCCGUCCACAGCCGUGCCUCCGAGACACGCACUGAAGUGGACAAAAACACAGAGCAGCUAAGUGAUUUCAGGGAGUCCAAGGAUAGAAGCCAGAUGGUCAACUUGUGAAGACGUGGAAGAUAUUAUCCUUCUUUGUGUUUGGGAUUUCAUUAUUAGUUUUAACUGUUGUUUUAUUUCAUUUUAGUGUAUUGUUUGGACAGAUUUUUUCUUUUUUUUUUUUU